GGGACGUUUUAAACAGUGCCUAACCAUCAUUUUUGACACAUUAACAAGGCAUAGUGCGUGAUUAAAACAUACGUUGAGAAUAUUACCAUUGGCGUUUGAGCUAUUUCCUUUUAAAGGCUGAUUGAAGCUGAUUUGAGGGCAGCUGGAGAGGUUAAUUCAGGCUACGGUACCAUCCUCCCCUCCCUCAUCCUCAGCAUCCUUCCUCCAGCCGCAGUAGCUGCUGUCGGCUAAACUGGCACUAAACUCCAUCCCCAACCCGACCAUCUGGCUGCGUGAACAAUGCCCAGUGUCACGGUGAAAGAUGUCAACCAGCAGGAGUUUGUGAGGGCUCUGUCAGCUUUCCUCAAAAAGUCUGGCAAACUGAAAGUCCCAGAAUGGGUCGACACUGUGAAGCUUGCCAGGCACAAGGAGCUGGCUCCCUGCGAUGACAACUGGUUUUACACCAGAGCAGCAUCCACAGCUCGCCACCUGUACCUGCGAGGCGGGGUCGGAGUCGGCUCCAUGAUCAAGAUCUAUGGAGGGCGACAGAGGAACGGCGUGUGCCCCGCCCACUUCAGCGUGGGCUCCAGGAAUGUGGCGAGGAAGGUCCUCCAGGCUCUGGAGGGUCUGAAGAUGGUGGAGAAGGACCCAAAUGGUGGACGGAGACUUACCCCUCAGGGCCAGAGAGAUCUGGACAGGAUCGCUGGUCAGGUUGCCUCAGCAAACAAGAAACAGCGAAGUCUACAAAGCGCCAUCUGAGGAUUGCAUGCAAAGAACCCAGAAUAGUGAAAUGCAGUUAUGCCUUACUGCUUAUUUACUCAAGUUUGCUUGCCUCCCACAUCACUGCAGUGCCCACAGUAACUGAGUACAAAAGGCGUGUCAUAGAGAUGCAUGUAUCCAUAGUACAAUAGGUACAGAUCAGAUAUCACACAUGGAUGUUCUGCAGAUUUUUAGGUUUGUUUUUUGCCUGUAAUUCAGUAUGAAUUUCCAGACAGCAGUGGCCUUGUGACAGCACAGAAUGGAUACAGUGUUACCAAGCAAGAGCAUGUUUAUAUUGUUUUGACACCAACUGAGAAACUCAAUGUAUAAAAACAAAGCAAAUUCAGUCGAUGCUACUGUAUAUUUUUAUUCAUCUGUCCAAAGAAUAUUAUGCCUAAACAUGUUAACGAUGAGAUGCAUAUAAUUAAACAGUAUGAACACUGAGUAUGGUGUUGCACAUGGAUGUUUGGGCGACUGUGUGGGUUUAGUUGUUGCUCAUGGUGCUGCUGAUCCAGCUGUUGUAGCGGCACACACGGGCAUAGACGCUGGGGUGUCCCUGCAUAGCGCAGUCGUAACCCCAGGACACGACUCCCUGCAGCUGACCGUUACACACCAGAGGACCGCCAGAGUCCCCCUGCAACGCAAGCAGAAGAAUAACUGUUACUGCAGGUGAUCAUAGAUAUUACAUACUGACAUUCUGUUACAGGUUACAGUUUGUAUUAACUUAACAACAAUGUUUUGCUAUCCUGUUUCACCAUUUUGUGUGGUCAAAAGACUGUGAAAAUAUAUACUUAUACCACCUACUGUUUGUGUUAUGAUAAAAGCACCAUGUUGACAGAUAUUGGCUGGUGCAGGUGGUUGUAAAUAAAGGAUUCAGUCUAUAAAUCACAGCUGAGGCAGAUCUAUGGGUU